UCAAACUUCCCCUUUAAUAUCUCCAUAAUCUCACAAAAAUCCUUCAUAUACAUACACAAAUCUAUUAUUAUUAUUAUAAUAAUAAUAUACUACUGGUAUACGUACUCGUGCGAUUUCUGAUUUAAUCUAUCCACCUACAUUGCAUUUUUUCAAUCAGAUUAGUACUAGAAUACGUACUCACGUGAUUUAUGAUUAGAUCUGUUCAGAUUAACGAAAUUGCACGUAUAAAAGUUCAUAGAUUGAGGAUCUGUUUGGAGAUAUUGAGAGAUCAGAGACAUGGCAGAAAGGUUUAUAUUUGAGGUUGAGCCGGCGAAGGCAGCAAAAGAUGGAAGGCCGUCCAUUGGACCGGUGUAUCGGAGUAAAUUUGCCAAGAAUGGUUUUCCACCUCCCAUUGAUGGCUUAGAUAGCUGUUGGGAUAUUUUCCGUUUGGCAGUGGAGAAAUAUCCUAAUAACCACAUGCUUGGCCACCGUAAGAUUGUGGAUGGGAAGCCUGGAAGGUAUGUCUGGAAGACUUACAAACAAGUGUACGACAUUGUCAUACAAGUAGGAAAUUCCAUUCGUAACUGUGGCGUAGAACCAGGAGGAAAAUGCGGUAUAUUUGGAGCGAAUUGCCCUGAGUGGAUUAUGAGUAUGGAGGCAUGCAACGCUCAUGGACUUUACUGUGUCCCUCUGUAUGAUACCUUGGGUGCUGGUGCAGUGGAAUUUAUCAUUUCCCAUGCAGAGGUUGAAAUUGCUUUCGUUGAGGAGAAAAAACUUCCCGAGCUUUUGAAAACAUUUCCGAAUGCAGCAAAGUACUUGAAGACGAUUGUUUGUUUCGGCAAAAUCACUCCUCAGCAAAAGGACGAGGUUGCAAAGUUUGGCGUGUCUCUUUAUUCCUGGGAUGAGUUUCCUCAAUUAGGAAACAAAAAACAGUUUGAUCUUCCACUGAAAAAGAAGAACGAUAUCUGUACGAUAAUGUAUACUAGUGGAACAACCGGGGAACCCAAGGGUGUGAUGCUUUCAAAUAAGAGCAUCGUCACUAUUAUGGCUGGAGUGCACCGUAUCCUCGAGUGUGUAAAUGAGUCGCUGACAAUGCAUGAUAUAUAUAUCUCAUAUCUUCCCUUGGCACAUAUCUUUGAUCGAGCGAUUGAAGAAUGUUUCAUUAAUAUUGGCGCCUCGAUAGGAUUUUGGCGAGGGGACGUCAAGUUACUAACUGAAGACCUUGCAGAACUGAAACCAACUAUCUUCUGUGCGGUACCUCGGGUAUUAGACAGAAUAUAUGCUGGUUUGCAACAGAAAGUUUCUUCAGGUGGUCUGCUAAGAAGCACCUUGUUCAAUAUUGCAUAUGCUCGCAAACUUCAGUAUUUGCAGAGUGGGUGUAAGUAUCACGAAGCAUCUCCAAUAUCCGACAAAAUUGUUUUCAGUAAGGUAAAAGAUGGGCUAGGCGGCAGAGUGCGCCUUAUAUUAUCUGGAGCAGCACCCCUCUCAGCUCACGUAGAAUCUUUUCUGCGAGUUGUAGCAUGUGCUCAUGUUCUUCAAGGAUACGGUCUGACUGAAACAUGUGCUGGUACAUUUGUAUCGCUACCCAACCAGUUUGAUAUGCUUGGUACGGUUGGUCCACCGGUGCCUAAUGUGGAUGUGCGUUUGGAAUCCGUUCCUGAUAUGGAAUAUGACGCUCUUUCAAGCAUGCCACGUGGAGAAAUAUGCAUCAGGGGAGAAACUCUAUUUUCUGGUUACUACAAGCGCGAGGACCUUACGAAAGAAGUCCUGGUCGAUGGAUGGUUCCAUACAGGGGAUAUCGGUGAGUGGCAACCAAACGGUAGCUUGAGGAUAAUCGAUCGCAAGAAGAAUAUUUUCAAGCUAUCACAAGGAGAAUAUGUUGCUGUCGAAAAUUUGGAGAAUGUCUAUGGCGAUAAUCCUGUUAUCGAAUCAAUAUGGAUAUACGGGAGCAGCUUUGAGUCUUUCCUCGUUGCUGUCGUUAGUCCAAGAAAAGAAGAGGUUGAAAAAUGGGCCAACCAGAAUGGCCUCUCCGGGGAUUUUAAUUCUCUCUGUGGAAAUUCCGCGGUGAAAGAAUACAUACUAGGGGAGCUCACAAAAGCUGGUAAAGAAAAGAAGAAGGCGGAGAGCCUAUGUUUACGUGACUCACUUUCUUCGCAGCUGAAGGGAUUUGAGUUCGUUAAAGCUCUACACCUUGAUCCAGUGCCGUUUGACAUGGAACGCGACCUCCUGACUCCAACGUUUAAGAAGAAAAGACCACAGUUGCUUAAACACUACAAGGAUGUUAUUGACAACAUGUACAAGGGUGCUAAAUGAACCUUUUUCUUUUGGCCCCUCCCUCCCUCGAUGACUCGAACUCACAAUUUUUGAACUAAAAGUGAGAGGUGCUUACCAUACGAGCGACUCCACCUCCCUCUGAUUUUGUUUUUAUUUUUGUUUUCGUUUUAGUUCUGUAUAUAUUUAUUAUUGGAUCUUUCGGUAUGUAUUAGCACAUGGAUUUUUUGAAAAAUAUCGAUAGACUUUGUUUGUUCUGAAAUUAAUUUGAAGGAUCCAUCCCAAACGUUCUAAGUUUUA